AUGGGCGUUGGUGGGCACUUCUGGGAUUUGCUCAAACCCCACGCUCGAUUUGAAGGGUUCGAUUUUCUGAGGAACAAAAGGGUCGCCGUGGACCUGUCGUACUGGAUUGUGCAGCACGAGACCGCCAUUAAAGGGUUCACGAGGAAGCCCCAUAUUCGUCUGACUUUCUUCCGAACCAUCAAUCUUUUCUCCAAGUUUGGAGCAUACCCUGUAUUUGUACUCGACGGGACUCCUUCACCAUUAAAGUCUCGGGCAAGGAUAAUGAGGUUUUUCAGAGCAUCCGGUGCUGACCUGUCGAGCUUGCCGGAGGCAGAGGAGGGUGUCUCGGUGGAAAGGAACAACUCAUUUAGGAAAUGUGUUGAAGAAUGUGUGGAAUUGCUCGAACUGCUUGGUAUGCCCGUCGUGAAAGCAAAAGGAGAAGCUGAAGCCCUUUGUGCACAGUUGAAUAGAGAAGGGCAUGUCGAUGCUUGCAUCACUGCUGAUAGCGACACAUUUCUUUAUGGUGCACAGUGCGUAAUUAAGAGAUUCCAGCCCAAUUCAAAAGAGCCACUAGAAUGCUACCAUAUAUCUGAUAUCGAGACAGGUCUCGGGCUCAAAAGAAAUCAUUUGAUAGCUAUUUCUUUGUUGGUCGGUAAUGACCACGACUUAAAUGGUAUAACAGGAAUUGGGAUAGAUAAGGCCGUCCGAUUUGUAAAAUCCUUUGAUGAAGACGAAAUUUUGAACAGGUUGAGUGAGUUAGCUAGAGGUGAUAUUGUAAGUGAAUAUAUAUGCUUUUCUCCUGAUGAGAAAUCACCAAAGCAGAAAAAUCCCCAUUGUUCUUGCUGCGGCCACCCUGGAAAAAAGACAGCCCACUUCGAGUUUUCUUGUGAAUUUUGCAAUUCAAUUGCUGGUCAGAGUUGCACGCAGAAAUCAGUCGGAUUUAAAUGCCGCUGCACAUCAUGUGACUCCGACAGGAUAGAAAAAGCGAAGAAGAAAGAUUCGACAUGGAGACUGACGAUCUGCCAAAAGAUUGCAUCACAGCAAAAGUUUCCUUGUAACGAAAUAAUACAGAUGUAUCUGAGGAGCCAUAAUGGAGUUGAUGACGAGCCGAAUAUAGUGUGGUUAAGCCCAAAUACAGAAAUGCUAGUGGACUACCUAUCCUAUCAGCAGCAUUGGGAACCAUCUUACAUCAGGCAAAGACUAAUCCCGAUGCUAUCGACUAUAUAUCUCCGGAAAAUGUUCUCGGGCCCAAAAGACGACGACUUGCUUUACGGGCAAUACGAGUUUCACGGCAUUCAGCGUGUUAAAACGAGAUACGGGCACAAGUGUUUUGUCGUUAAUUGGAAGAAGAAAGGCUCAACUUUUGCUGGUGGUGAUGAUGCUGUCUGUGCAUUUCCUGAAGAAUCCAGUGACCUUGAUGAAGUUGAUGUCCCGUACAUUCGUGUAGAAGGCGGGUACUGUAUUUUGUCGACUGAUGAGGAUAUGGAGCUUGUGCAGAAAGCUUUUCCAGAGAAAACGAGCCAGUUCUUGAAGGAGAAGGAACUGAAAGAGAUGAAAUCGCGAAAAAGGAAAGGAACGCCUGAAAAGCCGGAGUCGCCUGGCAUGCAGCUGAGUAUCACCGAGUUUUAUCGAUCGUCCAAAACUACAGUUUGCCAGAAAAAGCAUGAGGAAGAUAAUGCUGGAAGCAGUCGAGGUUCUUCAGAAGGCAAGAGGAAAGAUUCGUCGAGUUCCAGAAUUUCAAAGUCUGUUAGGCGCCGGUUAUUGUUCGGUUAA